GUAUCACAACAUCAAUACUCCUAACAUCAUCACAAUGAGGAUCUCGGCUUCAACCGUGCUCCUCGGGGCUGCCUCGGCCGCCUCGGCCGCCUCGUUUCAGAACCAGGCCCAGCAUGUCCUUGCCGACAACUUUCACAAGACCCAUGACGCCGUUAAGCCCGUCGCCGACUCGUUCGCGCACACUACCCUCGAAAGCUUUGAGGAGGCCUUUAAUGGCAUGAACUCCCAGGCCAAGGCCCUUUGGGACGAGAUCAAGCUGCUUGUUCCCGAGAAUGCCUUCGAUAAGCCCACCUGGUUCAGCAAGCCCAAGGCUGCUAAGCGCCGCAAGGACUGGGACCACCUCGUCAAGGGCGCUGAUGUCCAAAAGCUGUGGGUUAAGGGCGCCGAUGGCGAAAAGCAUCGUGAGGUUGGCGGCCAGCUCGAUAACUUCAACCUGCGCGUCAAGUCGGUCGAUCCUGCCAAGCUCGGCGUCGACAAGGUCAAGCAGUACAGCGGUUACCUUGAUGAUGAGGCCAACGAUAAGCACCUGUUCUACUGGUUCUUCGAGUCUCGCAACGAUCCCAAGAACGACCCCGUCGUUUUGUGGUUGAACGGUGGCCCCGGCUGCUCUUCGCUCACUGGUCUCUUCCUUGAGCUCGGCCCUUCUUCCAUUGACAAGAAGCUCAGGGUUGUCAGCAACGAGUACGCUUGGAACAACAACGCUAGCGUUAUCUUCCUUGACCAGCCCGUCAACGUCGGGUACUCGUACUCCGGCAACGCCGUCAGCAACACUGUCGCUGCCGGCAAGGAUGUUUAUGCUCUCCUUACCCUCUUCUUCCACCAGUUCCCCGAGUAUGCCAAGCAGGACUUCCACAUUGCUGGCGAGUCUUAUGCUGGUCACUACAUCCCUGUCUUUGCUUCCGAGAUCUUGUCCCACAAGGAUCGCAACAUCAAUCUCAAGUCCGUCCUCAUCGGUAAUGGCUUGACUGAUCCUCUUACCCAGUAUGAGCACUACCGCCCCAUGGCCUGCGGCGAAGGUGGCUACCCCGCCGUUCUCAGCGAGAGCGAGUGCCGCAGCAUGGACAAUGCCCUCCCCAGAUGCCAGUCUCUUAUCCGUAACUGCUACGAGAGCGGCAGUGUCUGGUCGUGCGUUCCUGCCGCCAUCUACUGUAACAAUCAGUUCAUCGGCCCCUACCAGCGCACUGGUCAGAACGUCUAUGACAUCCGUGGAAAGUGCGAGGAUGAUAGCAACCUCUGCUACAGCGCUCUUGGCUGGAUCAGCGACUACCUGAACCAGAAGGAUGUCAUGGACGCUCUCGGCGUCGAGGUUGAGGGCUAUGAGAGCUGCAACUUUGAUAUCAACCGCAACUUCCUCUUCCAGGGUGACUGGAUGCAGCCCUUCCAUCGCCUCGUCCCCGGCAUCCUCAAGGAGAUCCCCGUCCUCAUCUAUGCCGGUGAUGCCGACUUCAUCUGCAACUGGCUCGGCAACAAGGCUUGGAGCGAGGCUCUUGAGUGGCCCGGCAAGAAGGGCUUCAACAAGGCCGAGCUCGAGGACCUCUCUCUUCCCAAGGCUGACAAGGAGUACGGCAAGGUCAAGUCCUCCGGAAACUUCACCUUCAUGCAGAUCUACCAGGCCGGCCACAUGGUGCCAAUGGACCAGCCCGAGAACUCGCUUGACUUCCUCAACAGGUGGUUGGGCGGUGAGUGGUUCGAGCAGUAAGAGGUUCAUGACCUAACAGGAAUCGCGACCGGCAAUCGGGGAUCUUAUGAGUGUAUGAUGGAUAAUGAUUGAUACGGGAUAGGUUUUGGUUUACGACAAGGGCGUGUGUAUACAACGAGGGUAAAGACCAUAGGGACCUUACAGAUUACCUUGGCUAGUGUCAGAGCUCGCGUCUGUUUGAUGCUUCAGACAAGACACGGCGUGGCGUAAUGGACAGCACCCGGUAGAGUUUGUAUACAGAAUGAAAUUUGUUUUAUUGUCAAUAAACACUACUUCUAAGCUCAUGGACACCAUUUCUGACAGUCCACCUGAACAGCCAAGCAUGGACAGUCAUCAUGAUGUUGAAUAGUACACAGGGAACAAUGCGCAGAUGUUUGU